AUUCGAGUGAUGCGUGAAGAAAAACAGGUCACAGAUAAUGGUUACAUAUUUAUCAAACUAGUUAUAUAUUUGGAAUUGAGGAAACGGGAAGUUUAAACCGUUUAGACAACGGUGGGUUGGUGAUCCAUGGCUUGAGUAUUGCCAACAUCAGUAGUGUAGAAAGAGGGUGUUUUAAUGUCGGAAUGUAUAAUAUGUCUUCGAAGAAUUCUGCCUGUGAUGACGAAGAUGAGUGGUUUUACGAUUCUAUCAAGAGAUACAAACAGUUGCGAAUGUUUGAUUUUGAGAAUGUUAUUCAUCAGAUUGAGCUCACAGAUCCAAGGACAAUUUGUGUAGUUGGGAAACACAAAUCUGGAAGAGAUGAGAUCCUUGAACUGUCCCUCCCAGAAAAGCUGACUGUGGCUCCCAGUCAUGAGGGGCUUGUUAAGAAUAGUGACUUACGAAUGAAAAGUGGAGGCUUCACAAUUGCUCCAGUAAUACAGAUGAAAGCUUUAUGGAAUCAGAGAAAAGUUAUUGUCUCUGAGAAAGACCAAAUUGGUGCUGCAAUAUAUAACUUGGGUUCUGAAGAUUCAGAUCUCAUCACAAGAUUUGGCAGCCUGACUUGUGACUUGGUUACACCACUUAUGGCAUUAAAUAACCAGGAACUUGUUUUAUUGACAACAAGGACGAAAAGAGAUUUGGUUGCAAUAGAUCUGACAGUGAAUACUAUGCUUUAUAAAUUGUCAGUUGACUCUACAAGUGAAACACAGUGUGGGUUUGAACCAUCUUUUGUCUCUGAAAACUUAGCGGCUUUGUGUGAGAGGAACGGUGGAAGCGUUUUCCUGCAUGAUGUCCGUGCUGGUAAGAUGUGUGGAAAUUUCUCACCAGCCAAACAGAACUUAGGGAACAAAAACAUAGUAACUAGAGAACUAUGGACAGUGAGCACUGGCUACAUCAAUAAGACAAGUUCGUCUUCUGCAAAUGGUGAAAACAGUAAUCCAAAACUUGGCCUAUUAUCAGCUAUGGGCAAGCUCUUAAUAUAUGACAUAAGGAAUACUGAUAUUGCCAUGUGUGAAUCAGACAUUGGAAAAUUUAUUGAUAUUGCAUCUCGUGCAGAAAAUGCUAAUGGUCGACUGCCAGUUAUGAACUUUUCUCCUGAUGAUAUGAAUCGAGUUUCAUUGUCUGGAUUUGAUGAGAAUGUGUACAUAUAUGAUGCAUCAUGUACUGAAACAUUUAAGACAAUAUUUGUUCAUGAUGGUCAUGUAAGGCAAAGUGAUCAGCUAAGCUGUUGUGUAACAAGUCACAUGUGGUACAAGGAGAACAUUGUUAUAUCAGCUUCAGAUAACUGUUGGCUCCACUGUUGGCAGUUCAUUCCUGAUGCAUUAUCAUGACUUUUGUUGUUGUUUGUAAAUUUUGACAUUCAUGUUGUUAAAGAAAUUGGGCAAAGGAUGAUAUUUCCAAUGUGAAAAGUGUUACGACAGAACUUAUGAAUGUUGAGUAUAUAGAACUGCUUCUAUGGUUUGUAGUCCAUGUUACACUGUAAGCCAGUGUGGCUGGUUGGAAUUAUUUUGAAAAGAAUACAUAAAGGAUUUGAGCCAUUGACAUUGCAGUACUUUUCAACAUGGAAGAUGUUUUAUACAAAAUUGCCUGCUGAAACUGAAAUGAAAGAUAUGAACUUAUUUUUCAGUGUUUUUGGAUUUGAUGGUAGGUUUAAUAUAAUUUAUUAAUACAAUGUGACUAAAUAAAAAUAUAGCUUGCUUAUAUUAGGAAGGAUGCUGGGUCAGAUUCUUAGCUAUUCCUGAUUGAAUCGGCCUCUUCCCAUGUGAUAAUGUUAGGGACUGCAAGAGAUUGCAUAUUUGUUACAGCUGUGGACUUAAAUUUGAAAGUUGUAAAAUAAGUACUGAAUCCAUGUGGUAUUAAUCCCAAGAUCUUUACUACAGAGGGUAAUUGCAGUACCUCAGACCAUCAGGUCCAUAAAUUGUAGGGUGGUGUUUGGAAUGCAGAUAAGUAAUUAAUUUUGUAAUACUUGUAAUUUACAUGGUGAUAUAGAAAUUAGUAAUUCAACAGUUUUGUCACAAUAAAUGGCCCAGGGCUGUAUGAUCUUUGGGGCCAAUUGAAA